AUGUCCGAACCCAUAUCCGACAAUAGACAGUCGCAGAAGGAGAGCGAUACAAGUAUUGAAAAUCAGCUGGGGCCAGCGAGUGAAUGCGAAUCCAGUGUGGAACCCCGGUGGCCCGGACUUGAGCCGCGGAUUGUGCAGCAGACGAUCAACAGCGUGGCCCUGGAGUGGGCGCCACUCCAAAAUGCAUUGGUGUACAGCGUCGAGAAGUACCACAGGCGCCGCGGCUGGCAGCAGGUGCACUGGAGCAGCAGCUCUCCCAUAGAGAUAGCCAACCUGGAGGAGAACUUUGGCCACCGACUGCGCAUAAAAGCGCUGAACCUCUCUGAGGACGGCAGCUGCUACGUGACUCUAGCCAUCUCGCCGGAUGUGAUUGCCUGCACGGAGGCGGCGCUGCCCUCCACCAGCUGCUUGAACCGCGCCAUUCGAAAGGAGCAGCAGUUCCUGGUGAAGCGCAUGCUGCGCCGGCGACCGAGCCUAAUAGAAUACCCGGCUCCGAAUGGCUGUCUUCCGCUGGCCAACGCCAUCAUUCAGGCAGAGAUGUGCAUUAUCGAUGUGCUCCUCUCGGCAGGCUGCAGCGUGCAUCUGGGCAACCCGAGCAACGGACGGACGCCGCUCCAUCUGGCCUUUUUCCACGGACACCUGCCCUCGGCGCGCAUCCUGCUGAACAAGAAGGCGCGGCUGGAGGCGACGGACUGCAACGGCAUGACGCCCGCCCACUGCGCCGUCGACGCUAAUCAGUUGGAAAUGGUGAGGUUCGCCCUGGAGUCGGGCGCCAACCUGGAGGCUCGGGACGCCUGUGGCUGGACUCUGCUUAUGCGCGGGGUGGUUAUGGACGCGGGCCUGGAGCUCAUCAAACUCCUCGUUACCCGCGGGGCAGACCUGGCGGCUGUGGAUGGCGUCGGCAAAUCCUGCAGCGACUUGGCGAAACUUUAUCGCCGGCAGGAGGCACGGGAUUACUUUGACAAGGUGCAAAAGUUUAGGCUGGAAAAGGCAGCCGCGACCGCAGAAGCAGCGGCAGCGGCAGCGGCAGCAAAGGAACAGCCACUCGAACAAGCAGCAAAAAAGGAUUUCCGCGAAUAG